AUGAUCACACUACAGUCACAGCCAGAUUUGGUGCCAGAAGGCAACUUGGUGCAUCGAAGCCUGUAUCAGUGCGGAACAUGCUCUCAGUCUUACUCGCGGAUCGACCAUCUGCGCCGCCAUGUUCUUUCGCACACCCAGGAAAAGCCUCACCAAUGCUCUGUGUGUAGUAAGCGUUUUGGCAGAAGUGAUCUGCUGCGACGGCAUUCUGCUCUGCAUAUGAUCACAGGGAGCAAGCAGGCCCUCAAGAAGCGUCCUCGCACUGGCAGCGCGAAUCCCAUCAUCCGGGCUUCUGAAGCAUGCAGUGCGUGUGCAGAAGAUCACCUUAAAUGCGAUGAAGAAAAGCCCUGCGCCCGAUGCCGCAGGCGAAAUAUUGCGUGUGUGGUUCCUUCCAAGUCCACUGAAGGCGUUCAAGUUCGCUUUGCCAACCCGGACAGUCCGGGUGGUGCGGAAGUAAACAGCAACCAUAACUCAGAGAGAAGGGGAGGAGAAACAAAUACACUACCAUCUGCGGGAUCCCAGUCACUCAUCACUCCUCCAAUGGAGAUCCCAGCCUCACAAGAGUCGGACCCUUCGCAGUCGAUCAACUUGGAUAGAAACAGCCAUAUGCCACCGGAUUACGUUCCACCAGGGCUCAGGACCGAUCUCGACCUCAGUGUGGUUGAUCUCGGCUUCCUCGAAUCAUACAAUAGCCACGUCCCGUUCGAGUUCGACGAGCAAGCACCAAGUCUGUCCCUGUCUGGUUCGCCCUACGAGACCCGCGAAACACCGAUACAGAGCAAUCCCCGAGGCGCACGGUCUAUGCAGCGACUGCGAUGGCGCUUCGUUCCGGCUCCUCAAGAUCAUGGCUAUUGCGAACACGAAAACCUGUUACUACCCAAUGAAGCGACUGGCGCAUCCACCCUGACUCCCCAGAGUCUAGAAGACGUAAACAACCAAUCGACAACGGACCAGAGUCUCGAUCUUCACUCUCGUGAUAAGAUCCUGGGCAUUGUUCUCAGCCAGAUUAAACAGCCUAUCUCGGCGGUUCUGUCAUCCUUUCCGUCGGUCCAGCUUCUCGACAGCUUGAUCCGAUAUUACCUGACCGCCCCAUUCUCUACCGCAAGCUCUUGGAUCCAUCGGGGCACCUUUUGCCCCCAACAGGUGUGUCCAGAGCUGCUUCUCGCCAUGGAAGCAGCUGGGGCCGUCUUGACACCGGAUCCAUCGCUACGCAAACUAGGAUUUGCCAUGCAGGAAGUCGUCCGGUUGCAGCUGCCUUCGGUGUUUGAGGGGAACAACACUACCAUCCGUGACCUUCACCUACAUCAAGCAUACUUGCUAUACCUAGAAAUUGGUCUUUGGAGUGGCAAUAGCCGAAAAAUCGAGAUCUCAGAGGCCUUCCGCCAACCUCUGCUGACCAUGGCUCGUCGCGGCGGCAACUUUCACCACUCAGCCUAUCCGCCCCUGCCAGCGCGGUUGGAAGAGUCUGGUCAGAGCUUGGAAGAUACAUGGCGUGCCUGGGCGUACAAAGAAGCAUACAAGAGGCUUGUGUACCGCUUGUUUCGACUGGAAGCUCAAGUGUCCAUGGCUCUCUUCACCGGCCCGUUGAUUACCUAUACCGAAAUGGGCCCUCCUCUACCUGCCCCGUCGUAUCUCUGGGAAGCGAAUUCCGCGUCUCAAUGGAUGGAAACCUAUCAUUCAUCUCCUCUGCCCUCUACAGGUCGAAUUCGCACGCUCAGCGAUCGUCGGGUUGCGGACAUCCGUCUUGCCUGUGGCACCGUCAUGCACUGUAUAUGGGGCCUCGUAUGGGAGUACCGCCAGCUAAGCUCUCUUCUGAACGGAUACAGCCGCUACAGGGAUAAUGAUCUGCUCAUGGCCGCUCGGCAUGGACAGCUUAGCAGGAUACUUGAAUGUUUUCGAAUGGGAUACCGCGACGAAGUCCCGGUGCAGCUGCACUUUAUCGUGAUGCACACGUACACGUCACUGGAGGAGGUUGAGACAUUGGCUACCUCGGACGAUGCUAGCCGCGCCUGGGACCAACCUGCUCUUAGUGACUGGUUCAAGAGCGAACAUUCCCGACACGCCAUAUGGCAUGCGGGCCAGGUCGUUCGAGGUAUCAAAGCUCUUCCGUUGCAAGCUCUACGCGAUUUCAUGGCGAUUGCGCUAUAUCAUGCUAGUCUAACUUUAUGGGCCUACGGUGUGGUAUUCUGCCAUAGCAUGGAUAAUCAUGGUCAGCAGCUGGCGGGUCCAGCACUGCAGCACAAAAUCUGGCUAGAUGGGCUAGAGAGUGAGGAUAUACAGCGUUUUAUCACUCUGCAACGCGGAAUACCAGUCCUGCAGGGCCUUGGUCAUGCAGAAGAGACAGUUUUUGUCGGUGGUCCCCAGGCAGUUCUGGAGACGAUGAUCAAAGUCAUGCAGCAGAAUCACCACCUUGAAACUUCCACACAGACCCCGCCACUGGUGGAUAACUUGGUCCAUCUUCUCGAGAAGUUGCGAUAUGCCAGCAAAUAA